UCCAGUACUGCCGGAACCGCGAGUCCAGUUACACGUUAUAACUACUCUGACGUGCCUACAAGGAUCUACCCGUGCACGUACACGACACGUACACUACUACACGACAACUACACGUGGACCUGUCAACGUGUAGUAGCAUAUCGCAGCCCAGCCAGCCCGGGCCCGCUGCUCCCAGAUACACAGUGGAUAUUGAUAUGAAGAACGCCAUGCAGAAUAAAGUAGAGUCUCCUUGGCUACAGCAAUGAUGACACAGAUAAAAAUAAAAAUGUUGCAGUGUUCGGUGUUCAUCAGUUGUCUUCUGGCUUUCGGGGGAGGUUCUGGACUUACAGGUAUGUCCGCUUUCGAUCGCAAGACGACAACUGGAUCGCCCAACACGCCCGGGCCACCUGUCGCAUCCAGCGUAUCGCCCAGCCCCGAGUACCACCAUAGUCAAAACCUGUCCCUAGUCAAUCUCACACUACCCUUGACAUCUCCUGUGUCCAGCACGUCCUCGCCUCCAGACAACAUCUGGAGCACCACCGAGUAUGACUCUCUCCCUCUUACAUUCUCAACGAGUUCAGUGGCAACGCGUACUUUAGAGGACGCAACCCCUGCACCAACGUUGACUCAAAACUCUGGAACGCCCAGCACAACUGGGUACCUAUCAAAUACAACCACUCAAAAAGCUGAAAACAAAAACAACACUAAAGAACAAGAGCAAACAGUGUCACUUAAGUCAAGCAAAGAAUGGUUCAUAAGGAGAAAGCACAAGGGGCCGUAUUUUGAAAAACGAGUGAAGAAACUAUCAGCGACUCUAAGAUCCCCUGAGUUUAGAGUUGGGAAUAAACAAAGAAAAUUUAAUAUUUCACAAACUACACCUGACCUCGUAGAAUUUCCGUGGCGGUUGACGAAGAAAAACGAUGUAAGGCCUCAAAUGUUGAAGGGUGAUUCGAAAAUUCAAAACGCUCGUGAUACAGAAUAUCCGUUGAGAAGUACACGGAAUAGUUCUAGAAGAGUUAACAGUGAGGAGAAACAGAGGAAAAGGCCGAUAGCAAUGGGGAUUCCCGCUUCUUCUACGGUGCUUCUUGCUCCCACUCCCUCCUCCCCUUCCCCCGUUACAGUAGGCAUGGAGAGUCCUCAGGACUCAGACGAGUACUACUCCUCAUACGGCGAGUACCCGGACGUUCCUCUGAUGGGCUACAAUAGCUCAGGGUAUGCAGAGGCCGCAGUUUUGCCAGAUCCAGAAGUGGAAGUAGAGGAAGAAGACGUAGAACCGGAAGUAGAAAUUCCACUUCCAGAUGACAGUCUCGCUGACACUGACCUGCAUGAUCAUGACCUCAUAGAUAGCGUCAUGUACAUAUACUUCGGUUCAUCCGAGAGGGAUGAGAGGGGUGCAGGAAGACAGGUGCUGAUAGUAGGAGCUGUAAUAUCUCUGGUAGCCCAGUUCCUGACGCUCGUUAGCGUGCUGCGUCGUCUACACUCUCAUCCUAGUGAAUCAGCAAGUCUCAUUCUGCUGAAUGCUGAGCUCGCCCUCACAGCCGGUAACCUAGUCUUCAUGCUUGGAGUUCAGGCGACAGGCAGCAAGCGGCGUUGUGAGUUCGUAGCUGUGACUCUUCACUAUCUCCACCUCGUCACUUCCUGUUGGUUCCUGGUGAACUCUGUGUUCUCCUACCUGGGACUUCACAGGCCCGAGGCACGCCGGAGACUCCGGCCCUGGUGGUUAGCUGCGUGGUUCAUACCGGCUGUUGUCGUUGUUGCGAGCGUCAUGUUCAACCGUAGAGGAUACGAGACGAGGUCAUUCUGCUGGAUGUCUGUUGCCAGAGGAAUGUUAUAUUCAUUCAUGGUUCCGGUCGCCAUCCUCAUACUGCUCAACACAUGCCUCGCUGUCCUGGGGCUUCGACAACUCUCCCUAUCUGACAAGACGGACGACGUUGACCGGAAGUCCAUGAGGGUCUCUGCGACGCUGCUUCCGGUCUUCGCAGUGGUUUGGUUCCUGGGAGUGGUUGCGCUGGAAAACUCAGUGUCUCUAGUGUUUCCACUGAUGUUUGUCGCAAGCAGCGGGUUCCUGAACUGGUUCGUGUUGGCUUGCUGGUUACCAGCAGACCUGUCACUUUGGCGAGAGUCUGACGAGGACUACGAGGACGACGACGACGACAUCUAUGAGGAGGUCCUCAAGACACCUGCGGACUCACAACCACUGCUUGAGGACAGUCAGGUGUACUCGGCACAUAUGGACCCAGGCCACAUGGACCCUCAUAUGGACCUCGUGUACUCCUGCGGUCGUAGGGACCCGUGCGAUCUUCAGAUGGACCCGAUAUGCACCAUAAGUGGAUAUUCAACGCAACUCCACACUAUUUAAACUAACGUUUAAUGUUUGUUUUGCUGAGUGCAGUGAAGAGGAAUUUUAAAUUUCGCAAAACACUAUAACCUCACAUAGUUAAAGUUUUGAUAAAAUUAUGGGAGAAAUUUGUUGUGUUGGCAGAACUAAACGCAACCCUAGAGAAAUAAGGAAAAUAAGGUCACUUAUUCUUUCAACGGUUUGAAACAAUGUUUGAAUUGUAAUUAAAUAUUGAUAAUUACAAUAAUUAACAAUAGGCCUAUUUUUUUAAAUAUUAUUUUGUUAGGGGGGGUCAAAUUAAUUGAAAAAAGCUCUUGAACUAAAAAAUGAUAAGAGGGCAGUUUUGUUUACUUUGGGCAUAAGUAUUCAAUUAUAAAAUCAUCAAUCAUUGAAAAUUGUAAAGACCAUAAAUUUGGGUUAUAUGCCUAUUAAACUAAUUCAUGCCUUCAAACAUUACACACGACAGAAAUUGUCAUAACUGACUAGAAACAUAAAACAAUACGAUUUUACGUUUAAUGGAUAUUAAGGUAUUAGGAAAAUUUGUAACUUAUUAAAAAUUUAAUGAAAAAGUAAAUUAGUUUAAAUAAUUUUAUAAAAAAAGGAGAGUGGUAUAACUACUGUUGGGGAGUAAUCCAACUUAAUUUAAAAGUAUUUUACAAAAAUACUAAACCUUAAAAUAUAUGUUUGCUCAAAAUUGUAAAAUAAUAAUCUAAUAACGUCGAUAGUUUUAUUCAACAUCAGUCUUGUUUGCAAUAUAAAUACAUCUUUUAUGUACUCUAUUGUUACGAUCAUAAGAAAUAAAUUUUGCCUUUGCGUUCUUGGUGUUUUAUAAAUGUUUAAAAUUUAAAAUUUCAUUCAAAAUGUUCUUAAUAAUAUAAUUAUAUUUAUGUGUUUACUCGUUUCAGUACUUGUAGAGUCUAUUUUGUCGUUAUAUCUAUAAAAUAAAUGCUUACACUUCUAUAACCUAUAAUAUACUAAACGAUUGCCUUACUGUAUAUUGUAACGUACACAUAACACUUCUUGCAUUGUUAUACAGAAUCUAUUUACUGUUUGAAUCUGAACAUUCAUUUGGACAAUAAAAUUGUGUAUAGUGUAACAAACAGAUCGGCUCAUGUGUAUUUAAAUUGUUCUCAUUUGUAACACGUAGAGUAUUUUGUAAGUGCAGCAUUGUAGCACAUGUAAAAUUUGGCGUACAUAUUUCAUGUAAAUCGAUGGACAGUACAAAAUCGAUGUAUUUUGUAAGACUCUUUGAAUACUGUAUUAUGUGCUGUCAUCUCAUUCCUUCUUUGACAUUUUAAUUUCAAUCCACCCGGCAAAGGUUUUAACAUUAUUUGUAUUAGUAAUUAAAAGUAAGGCAAACUACUGCUAGUUCUGAAAUUAUUGAGAGGGAUUAUGACAUUAGGUGAACAUUUUUGUAGUAUUAUUUAAUAAUCGUUAAACUAACCGAAGGGAAAACCCAUAGAUCGCUACAAAACUAUUUAUUACAUUUACUAUUUUAAAACCACCAGAAACACUUUGUAAACAACCAUCUUAUCUAAAUGAAAUCUGAUAACCUUUUUUUAGGGUAGUCUUUUAAAUUUUAAUCUUCAACCAGCCCGGUCUCAUGAGCUCAGUUUUAUGAGUGAAAUGUGUUAAGCAGAUCAAAGUGUAAACAUUGUAUUUAAGAAAAUGUAUCGAUAUUUUUUUAAUUGUUUUCACGGUAAUUCACAAUAUCAACUGAGCCCCUGACUUUAAAUUAAUAAAGCAACGAUCAAUAAAUCGUUAUACAUAUUCUAAUUUUGUUUUACAACACUUAAUAUAAUUUACAGUCAGUAAUAUUUCAGAUUAAAAUAUUUACGAUAUUUUUAGAUAUGAAAAGGAUUUUCCAAAUUUUUUAUCCCUGACUAUUGAAGUCUCCAACGUUAUAAAAACAGAUAAUACUUAGGUAUUAUAUUGUAUUUUAAGCAUUGGUAGGCCUUAAAGUUUUCAAAGUUUACAUUACAAGUUUGAACACAGAUUCUAUAAUUAAAAACAAAUUGCUCAGAUAGUUCUAUUGAGUAGUAUUUACAUUAAAUCUUAUGCAAAUACCCUUUCAAAAGGUGCGAUAUUUUUGGAACUGCAAACGUAUAUUUUACUAAUUAACACUGGUAUAAACCGAACGAAAUUAAUGUUGGGUAAGAAUUGCAAUUCUAAUUUACUAUAGAGAGUCAGGUUACGAUUAAGUGGAAGUUUUUUGAUUCAUACUGAGAGGCAAACAUAGUUUAAAGAGGCGAAAUUUUAAUUCGUACUGUAAAUUUCCUAUAGAAUGUUAUGUUGCAUUUUCAGCCACCUCUAUAGUGCUAAACUUUACAGUAGAGCUGAUGUAGUGCCGGGAUUGCGUCUUUCACAUGUUAAAACUAUGCUGAGCUACAGUACUGUUCGUGAAGUAAUUCUAAAAUAUUAUAAUGUAGAUAUAUCUUUGUUUCAAAUUGAGAUAUUUUAAUGUAUAUAAAGGUUUGUUUUAUUGUAACUGAUAUUAAAUAAUACAACAAGA